AUGGCGUCCAUGUCUGGGUCGAAGCCCAACUGGAUGAAGCCUUCCAGCUCUUGGAAUAUCUUUGCAAGCCCUCGAUGGAUCCGGAUUGCGCUGGCGACAUUUGUGGUCGUGUCGACAUUUGUUUUUCUCGCUGUCGAAACGCGCGCAUUCGAUCACAUUUCUAUCCCGGAGUUUAAAAGUCAUAAGAGCGCCGCCAAACCAGAAGAAAAGAAGGAGCCAAUACCGCAACCACCGCCCUACGUCAACGCCAACAUUACUCUCGACAGAGAAGAGAGACUAGCAUACGUCACGUUUCUCUCCGGAACCGUUGAUGCGGGCGAUGAUCUGGAGGAGGACAAGUACUUCCAAGCUAUCCGGAUUCUCGUCUGGCAGCUCGUACACAAAGAGGAGACUCGCACGAAGCACGAUGUCGUCGUCAUGGUCACACCCAGCGUCUCUCAGGCCCGGCGCGACCGCCUAGCGAAGGAUGGUGCCAUCGUCCACGCUGUCGAAUUCCUGCACACCGAAAACGACAGCUGGGUCCACGCAGAGCUGCACCGAUGGGACGAUGUUAUGACGAAGCUACGCGUCUGGGAAAUGACACAGUAUGACCGCAUCCUAGUGAUGGAUGGCGACUCGAUGCUGCUCAAGAACCUCGACGGCGUAUUCGACGACCCUGGCGCCCAGCUCCUUGCCACCAAGCCCACGAACGAAACGAACCUACCCUCCACCUACCUCCUCGCAUCCAACUCCGAAGUCUGGGACUCUACCCAUUCCUUCCCACCCGGUCACGGCACCGGCCUGAAGAAGGCCGGCAAGAUGAACGCAGGCUUCUUCAUCCUCGCACCCUCGCUCGACGCAUUCAACUACUACAAAGAACUCCUCAACACGCCCAACUCCUUCGACCCCCGAUACCCCGAACAAAACCUCAUGAACCACGCACAUCGUUGGGACGGGCCGAUGCCGUGGCGGGAGAUAGCAUACACUUGGAACAUCCGUUGUCCAAACGACGUGGAUAUCGCCAAGGGGCUGGUCAGCGUCCACGAGAAGUGGUGGAAACAACCGUACAUUUAUGAGAAUGCCAAGACGAAGCAAUGGCUGUUGACGAGGCGGUGGGAAAUGAAGGGCUGGUACGACGCUUUUGAGGGAGCAAACUUGACGCGUGUAUGA